UUUCAAUUAGUUUUGAGGGUCACUAAUGGAAGGUGAAACCCUAAUGAAUUCAGAGACGCUUCGAUGAAACACGAUUCUCUGUGACUUACCAAUACCGUCGUCGGUCUCCGCCACAAACCCUAAUACCUCGAAAUGCCAUCAAUUGCCUCCAAACUUCCGGCCAAAUCUUUAGUGAGGCUUCUCACUGUCGCUCCAAGACCAUUGCUAGUUCGGUCCCUCAGCACCGUCGCCGAGGAACGAACCCAGAAACUCGAGAGGAUCGCCGAUGAGCUCCUCGACCUCACUAAAAUCGAACGACAUGACUAUGCCAUCCUCUUCCGGUAUAAAAUGGGUUUAAACAAGUACGGGCCUGCAGUUUCUGGGCUAAGUGCACCAGGUUCAGCCGCCGCCGGAUCUGCCGCCGCCGAAACAAAAGAAGCUGAGAAAACUGUUUUUGAUAUAAAGCUCGAGAAAUUUGAUGCGGCGGCCAAGAUCAAGAUCAUAAAGGAGGUAAGAACGUUCACUGAUUUGGGUCUGAAAGAGGCUAAGGAUUUGGUGGAGAAGGUGCCCGUGGUGCUCAAGAAGGGAGUAACAAAAGAUCAAGGAAACCCAAUUAUUGAGAAGCUUAAGGAAUUGGGAGCUACUGCUGUAUUGGAAUGACUUUUUUUCUUCUCCUCUGUCAUUUCAUACGUUAUUUUUGGAGUAAAAUAAUGCUGCCCUUGUUGGAGAACUAUCGAAAUUUUUUCAAAGUGCCAAGAUUUAUGAAGAUUACAAUUCAAAGUCAUAUUGUUGCUUGACUCGAUUUUCAAAGUACAUUUGGUUUUUUCCCCUUUGACAUUUCUCCGCCGGAUUUGCAAUGAGAAUCAGUUUCAUUCUGACGUUCCUAGCCGGACCUGAUGAAUUUAGCCAAUCUAUAAUCCCCAUGUAAACGAAGGGGAAGAAUAUGUCCUAAAAGCUCUCUCUCCUCUUCUACCCAUUUGAGAUGUGAUAUAAGAAAAAUCUCUACUUCUUGUUCGGUAAAAUUCCCCGAGGGAAAAGCUAUAUGUAUUUUGUUCUUUCCAUGAGAUUCUUGAAGAACAAUUGAACAAUUUUAAUUAUGUUGCUUCUCUUCUCAUGUGGGCUUAAUUCUUGACAAAAAGUUGUCAAAGAAUUGAUCUUCGUUCUUUGACGAUCGGUUUAUUUCUUCCUUUUUCCAUGGGUUUAAGGGGCUUUUAUAAUCUGAAUUAUAUCUAAUUAAUCAAGUUUAAUGAUAAAUUCUCCCUUUUUUC